UGUAAACUAGAAAGAAAGAAAGAAAUCAGGGGCUUCGAGAGAGACGAGGAGGAAGACAACAGAGAGAGAGGAAUUUGGCCAUGGCGUUCUCUGUUUCCAGUACGAUGAUAAUCACAUUCUUCAUUCUCUUCUUAUUCUCACUUACAUCGGCCGAUGACAUCUCUCACGUCGGUUCUGCUCCCGAAUCUGCCUCCUGCAACAAUAUUCUCCGAUUGGUUAAGGUCAGGAUGUGGGUUGAUGGUAACAAAAAUGAGAUAUUAGGUGGGGUGACUGCAAAAUUUGGAGGCAUUUUGCCCAAAAGUGUGGAAGAUUCUCACAAAUUCCCAGCUGUCUUUUCAAACCCCAUAAAUGGCUGUUCCAACUCAUCAUCAAAGCUCACUGGAGUGUUUGCGUUGGCCACCCGUGGUGAUUGUGAAUUUGUUACCAAGGCUGAAAUUGCGGAAUCAGGGGGUGCUGCAGGCUUAUUGGUGAUGAAUAGUGGAGAAGAUCUUAUUGAGAUGUCAUGUUCUGAGAGCAAUGACCAAAAUAUCACUAUUCCUGUUGUCCUGAUCACCCAGUCUGGUGGAGAGGCUAUAAAAAGAUUUAUGAUUGGCGGACACAAAGUGGAACUUCAGUUAUAUUCGCCAGAUCGGCCUAUCAUUGACUUCUCUGUGGCAUUCUUAUGGCUGAUGGCUGUUGGGACAGUUUUCUGUGCGUCGCUUUGGUCAGAUUUUACCUUGACCGAUGAGACUGAUGAACGCUACAAUCAACUUCCACUUAAGGAAUCUGGCAAUGCUGGAACAAUUGAGGAUGAUGAUAGAGAAGUGCUUGAUAUUACUGUGUACAGUGCUGUCAUCUUUGUCAUCUCAGCAUCUUCUUUUCUCGUCCUAUUGUAUCUUUUCAUGUCAGCAUGGUUUGUUUGGCUGUUAAUCGGCAUUUUCUGCAUAGGCGGUAUUGAGGGAAUGCAUGCUUGUAUAAUGUCUCUGGUGUUGAGGAACUGGAGAAAUUGUGGGCAGAAGAAACUACGAUUACCUUUUGUGGGGACUGUUUCAGUCUUUUCUCUUCUGGUGUUAUUGCUUUGCUUUGUGUUUGCUGUGGGUUGGGCUGCCACAAGGAAAUCAUCUUUCUCAUGGAUUGGUCAAGAUGUUCUAGGUAUUUGCAUGAUGAUAACAGUUCUACAAGUUGCUCGACUACCAAAUAUAAAGGUGGCAACAGUACUUCUUUGUUGCGCAUUUGUUUAUGAUAUAUUCUGGGUCUUUCUGUCACCAUUGAUCUUCCACGACAGUGUUAUGAUUGCUGUAGCAAAGGGUGACAAUGCUGGUGGGGAGUCUAUUCCUAUGCUUCUGAGAAUUCCUCGAAUGUUUGAUCCUUGGGGUGGUUAUAAUAUGAUUGGAUUUGGGGAUAUCCUCUUCCCUGGUCUUCUAGUCUCAUUUUUUCGCAGAUUUGACAAAGCUAAUAAGAACACCUUCUUUGGUGGAUACUUCAUUUGGUUGGUGUUUGGCUAUGGCUGUGGACUCAUUUUAACAUACCUUGGUUUGUACCUAAUGGAUGGAUAUGGCCAACCUGCUCUCUUAUACCUUGUUCCUUGCACAUUAGGAUUUGCCGUUAUUUUGGCUUUAUUUAGAGGUGAGUUAAAAACCCUUUGGAAUUAUGGCUCAAAUGGGGAGUCUAGCAAAGAAUCUUCUGGCGUAGUUUGAAGGGAUCUUCAUCCAGGCACCUUCAAUGUUGAUGCCUGAUGGGUUGAGAGAUUUAAGGUUUCAAUACCUUUUUUUUUCUUUUUUUAUAUCCAUACGUGUAUGUCCUCAUACAUUCUUAUCCUAUUUUAGUAAGGGUUCCUUUAACCAUUCUUCUUGUUGUACAAGUGAACAACACAAUUGUACCAAUGAUAGAAUUCUCAAAACAAUUACUACUGUUAUAUAAUGUUGUAUCAAUGUUAUUAUAUACAUAAGAAAAUGAAGAAGUUUAAGGUUA